AUGGUUAGAUUAUCUGAUAAGUCGAGAAUUGGGAAUUUAAAAUUGCAGUGGAGCAAAGACUUUGAGAAUAGAAGAGAAGAAGUCGAGAAAAAGGUGUUGGAUGGACUUCAACCUUCUAAGAAGCUCAUGGAGCUCAGCAUUAAGUUCUAUUGUGGUGAAAUGUUGGCAAAUUGGGUGGGCGAUUCGUCCUUCAAUUGUUUACAAUCUUUAUGCCUUGAUGAUUGUAGAAAUUUAUUGUCAUUGCCAUCAAUUGGGAAAUUGCCAUUGUUGAAAAAGGUACGUAUUAAAGGGUUGUCCAGUGUAAGGACUGUGGGAGUUGAGUUCUUUGGAGAGAAUACGACCAACACAUUUUCUUCAUUGGAGAUUUUAGAGUUUGUGGACAUGCUUAAUUGGGAGAAGUGGAACUUGUGUGAAGUUGAUGAGGAAGAUAGGAAAUUCCCUAAACUUCGUGAACUCUUUAUUGGAAAUUGUCCCUUAUUGUUAGAGAGGAUUUCCAAGUUUAGUUGGGCAGCAGAAUGCUUGAGGUUAAGAUCAAUAAAAGUGGAAUCGUUUGAGAUUGGUGAUUGUAAGGAGUUGUGCUCUUCUGGAGAUAACAAUUGGGGAUUGCUAACUCAGUCCAUAUCCCCCCAAGAUUUGAUAAUUGAAAAAUGUCCGCAACUUGUAUCCAUAGCAACAGAAGAGGAAAGAGAAGAAUUGAUGCAAUUGAAGAUUCCUUCUAGCAUUGUAAAUAUGAGAAUAGAGAAUUGUGAAAGGCUAGAAAAACUAUCGACAACCUUGUACUCUCUCGCAUUACUUAUGAAAUUAGAGCUUUACGGUUGCUCAAAAUUGAUUUCUAUUGCAAGGAGCAAUUUACCUUCGAAUCUGAAAGUGCUAGGCAUUCGAAGUUGUAAAAAUUUGCAAUGUUUGUUGUUGGAUGAAGGAGAGGAUGUUGACUCCAACAAUGCAUGUGUUCUUCAGGAGUUGGGUAUUUCCGAUUGUGAAUCUCUAAAGAGAAUAAAUAGAAGUGUGUUGCCCUCCACACUGAAAGUACUUCUGAUAAACGAGUGUCCAAAGCUAGAGUCCAUAUCCCAAGAAAUUCAAGAUAACUCUUCUCUUGAGUCUAUUGAAAUCCAUGUAUGUGAUAUGCGUAAGGGUUUACCUCAAGGAUUGAACAAGCUCAAGCAUUGCAAGAGUUUAUUCAUAGCUAAUUCUUCAAAUUUGAUUUCCUUAGCAGAGAGUGGUUUGCCCACCACAAGCCUUGAACUGCUCAGCCUUUGGUAUUGUAGACGUCUCCAAGCUUUGCCUGGGAAUAUGCACAGUCUCAACGCUCUAAAAGGAUUAGCAAUAUGGAAUUGUCCAAAUGUGGAAUCCAUUCUAGAAGAGGGGAUUCCUAGCAAUCUCACUUCGCUUACAAUUGGUGGACCCAAUAUCUGGAAGGCAAAACUUGAGAGGGAUUUGCAUACACUCACUUGUCUUAAAUCUCUCUCCAUAUCAAAUGGGUGUCCAGAUGCAGUGUCAUUUCCUCAAGAUGAGAUAGGAGUCACACUGCCCUCUUCUCUCACCAAUCUCGAAAUCUCGGAUUUCCCAAAACUGGAGAGCCUAUCCUCCAAUGGCUUUCGCAACCUCACUUCUCUCCAGUGCCUGACUAUCGCAAAUUGCCCAAACCUCAAGACUCUUCCGGGAAACAAUAUGCUUUCUUCGCUUUUGGAGCUAGAAAUCAGGAGGUGUCCAAUGAUGGAAGAACGGUGCAAAAGGGAUAAAGGACCUGAGUGGUCCAAAAUUACCCACAUACCUCGUGUUGCUUUUUGGAAAUAA